CAUAGGUAGCGCAGUCUGGCUAUAGGAAUUGUACUUCCCUAUAAUAAGCUUGUCCAGUCUUCCUCUGCCAGACCCUUCUAGACCAAAGGCAGUACCUGUCUGAUAACACCCGUAGCAUGAUUCCCCUUGUGGCGUGAUCUAGAAUAGUUUAACUGGAGCUAAGCAGUAUCUGCCUCUCUCACUUAAAAGAGGAUGGUAGACACAGUAUACACCCCACCAUCACUAUCCUGAUAAGGGUGAAGUAUACACAACCUACCUCGUCGACCUUCCCCUUUAUAUGAACGAAAUGCCCCGUCGGACAUCCUCUUCACCCCCUCGCGACCCAGAGCAAACCCAGGCGUGGCUGGUGGGCGGCGGUAUCGCCUCUCUAGCAGCGGCAGUCCAUCUCCUCCGGGAUGCAGGCCUACCUGGGCGCAACAUCCACAUCCUGGACCUCCACGAGCAGGUGGGCGGCGGAAUGGCUUCAUCUGGAGACGCGACACACGGGUUUGUCGUGCACCUCAGCGGCCAGCCGUACUUCCACGAUGCCUGCGUGGAGAACCUGCUCGCCCUUGUACCGGGGGGUGACGGGCACAACGCUGAGAGGACUCUACUGAGCCAGAUCCGGGCGUUUGAAUGGAACGAGGGGCGCCGCCUGGAGGAGGCCCUGGACGGAUCAGGGCUGCAGCCAGUGCUGCGGCCGCGCGCCCAGACACGUUUCGUCCGCAAUCCAGGCCAGACGGCGGUGCGGUCGGACAGCAGCCGGCUGGCCAUUGGGCCCUACAGCCGGCUGCAGCUCAUCAAGAUCCUCCUGGAGGCCGAGACCGCGCUGGAUGGGCGCCGGAUCCAAGACUUUUUCGGCGAUGAGUUCUUUAGUACUGACUUUUGGGUCUUAUGGGCCACAACAUUUGCUUUCCGCCCCUGGCACAGCGCCGCCGAGUUCCAGCGCUGCUUGCGCAAGCAUCUCCCGGACAUCCACUCGCUUAACCACGUCAGAGACCUGGACCACACGCGGUACACCCUCUACGAGUCCAUCAUCCUGCCCAUCACGGCCUAUCUGGAGGCCCAGGGCGUGCAGUUCCACUUCCACACCAAGGUGGUCGAUGUGUGCAUGCAGGCCUCCCGAGACCACCCCACCGAACCAGCCACCAUCUCAGAGCUGGUCCUGCGUGAGGGCGACGAAGAGGAGCGCCGUGUGGCUCUCGGUCUGGACGAUGUGGCCAUCGUCACUCUAGGCUCCGUCAGCGCCGGGGCCCAGGCGGGCACCAACACGGCCCCCGCGCCGCACCCCGCGGACCCGGACGACGCAACCUACGGGGACUGGUCGCUCUGGUUCCAUCUGGCGCACCAGUCGGGGCGCUUUGGAGACCCCCUGGCGUUCAACUCGCACCCGGCAGAGUCGAAGAUCGUUUCCUUCACCAUCACCUUCCCAGACGCCAACUUUGUGCACCGGUACGAGGCCCUCACGCACGAUGCCCCGGGCACCGGCGCCCUGCUGUCCCUGCCGGACAGCAACUGGCUGCUAAGCAUCAGCGUGCCCCGGCAGCCCGUGUGCCCCCAGCAGCCCGCGCACACGCGCGUGGUCUGGGGCUACGGCCUGCGCCCAGAGAAGCACGGCAAUGUCAUUAACAAGCCCAUGGCCGACUGCGCGGGCCAUGAGAUCCUGCGCGAGCUGCUCACCCACCUCGGCUUCCCCAUCGCCACGCUGCUGCCCAACACCAUCACCAUCCCCUGCGUCAUGCCGCUGGCCACCGCGCCGCUGCUGGCCCGCUCCCACGCCGACCGUCCCGCCGUGCUCCCCGCGGGCACCACCAAUCUCGCCUUGAUCGGCCAGUUCUGCGAGAUCCCGCGCGAGACCACCGGUAAUCUCGAGUACAGCGUGCGCGGCGCACAGAUGGCUGUUCAUGGUUUGAUGGGCAUCGAGAAGCCACUACCUCGGGUCAAGGGUAAUCUGCUCAUGGAUGUCUUUGACCUGUUGGUGGACAGCUGAGGGGGGGGGGAGUGGUUGAUGCUUUUGUCGAGUGGGCAACUUAAUAUGGACUUAUAUCUAUAAAAAGUUAC